AUGGCAGAGAACAAAUCACAAGAAGUUGUGGUUCUUCCACGAGAAGAUCCAGAGGAAUCGAACGAGCCUGUGCAGAAGAAUCAGUUCGAUUUGAACACAAUCGAACUCGAUUCGGUUGAAGUAGAUCUGACUCACACUCGUGCCGAUCACAUUCCAGAUUUGACAAGAUUCGAAAAGAUCGAGGUAAUCGAAUGUUCGAUUUCCAGAAAGAAUAUCGUCUUUCAGGAACUCCGGAUGCGUAACAACCUUCUGACAGCGAUCAGUCCGUCCAUCACUGCUCUGGUCAACCUUACUUCUCUCGACCUUUACGAAAACCAGCUGACCGAGAUUUCGAACCUUGAAACUCUCGUCAAUCUGACCAAUCUCGACCUGAGCUAUAAUCGGUAGUUGCGGUAGAAAUCAGCAGACAAUCAAACGAAUAACUUCUAGAAUUCGGCAAAUCAGCGGACUUGACAAAUUGACAAGACUUGAAAUUCUGUACCUCGUCAACAAUAAAAUCGAGAAAAUUGAAAAUUUGGAGUCUUUAACCCAGUUGAAACUGCUCGAGCUCGGCGAUAAUCGGUAUGAAUUCAAAGAAAAUCCAAAAAUUGAAAUGAAGAUUUCAGAAUCAAGAAGAUCGAAAACUUGAGUCAUCUCGUAAACCUGGAACAGCUCUUUCUGGGAAAGAACAAGAUCCGCCAGCUAGAAGGCGUCGGAAAUCUGCAGAAGUUGCACGUGCUCAGUGUUCCCGGCAAUCGGCUCGUCCAAAUCGAGAACGUGGAAGAGUUGAAAAACCUGAAGGAGCUGUAUCUGAGUGAUCAGGGACUGCAGGACAUCCACGGGGUCGAGUUUCUGGUCAGUUGACCCCUCGUGAUGCCUGGUGGAUCCCAUUCGUUUUCAGACUAAUCUCACCCUACUGGACGUCUCCAACAAUGAAAUCAAAACGUUCAGCGGCGUUGAGAAACUGGAGAACAUCAAUGAUUUUUGGGUAAAUAACUUCGCGAUAGCCAUUUGUUCAAUGUGAGAAUUCAGGCGAACGACAACAAAGUGGAGAGCUUCUCGGAGAUUGAGCUGCUCGCCAAACUGAAGGACCUUCAGACGGUCUAUUUCGAGAGAAAUCCGUUCUACUUCCACGAUACCAAUCAAUACCGUCGUAAAGUGAUGCUCACACUUACUCAAGUCACCCAAAUCGACGCCACUAUGUGCAGACAGCCAACCUCAUAA